AUGGAUGACGAGGAUCCUUUCUUACUUCCCCUAAGUGGUGUUCUCGAUCACUGCGGCCGGCAUGAACAAUCGUGGAGUCUGUGCUCUCCCUGUCACAGAGCCCUCGGUCGCGCCGCCAUCCCCAAGUUCUCCGCCAAAAAUCUGGUCAAUGUUACUCUCUGCCAGAAUUACCCAUCUCCCCUAGAGGAUCUCACCUUAACUGAGGAGUAUGCCAUCGCAAGAUGUCAUCCGCUAGGUCUCAUUGUGAAGUUGCGUCCAGGCGGCCGCCUGUCCUCAAUCAACCACCGCGCGCUGCGAGGUCACUUCAUUGUCAUCCCACAGGACCCAGGUCCGCUGCUUCGGAUCCUGCCGAGUCCGGAAUUGAGGUUGGACAACCUCACCAAAGUUUUCUGGGUAGGAAAUCGCCCCCCAUCAGACGCUGACCUGAGACCGUAUCUGGUUAUUCGGAAACACAAGGUACUAACGGCUUUGCAAUAUCUUGUUCGCCAUAAUCAGCUACGGCAUAAUAUUAUCCCCCUUGACGAGCCAGACCACCGUGAACGUGAAGGAUACACGGUGAACUUGGCGCAGGGUAAUUAUGAGAAUGAUCUCCAAGCAGCACAAGACGAAGCGGCACAGGAUCAACGCUUUGACCCUACUGACGGUACACACUUCCUGACUGGCUCCGUUUCCACAGACAUCAACGGAGAACGCCAGAACCCAGACGUGUGCAUGCUGGACACCUUGCUCGACGUGGUCACCAGCAGAUCGCGCCUAGCCGAACAAUGCGACAUAGACAGUCCUGCUGCCGUAUACAGCCGUUCCAUUGCCGGCCAACGGACUCCAGCAAUUUCUUAUACAACCCGUGCUCAGGUGGCAUUAAUGGAUCAGUGGUCGGAUCCUCAUUACUUUACCGCCGCCUUCCCCACCUUAUUCCCGGAGGGUGUUGGAGGCCAUUUGGAAGACCGUGCCAUCCCGGUGUCGUUGAGUUCUCUUGCUGAGUUCGCCCAGCACAAGACUUUUAUGUAUUUGUUAUUCGACAAGUUGCAGCUUCGGAGGUCGUCACUGGGCAAUGCGUUCUUGGUUAAGCGGCGGUAUUGGUGGUCUGCUGAACAUGACAUCGCCUCCCUCACAGUGGACCAACUACAAAAAGCCGCGGAAGCCAUCGCUGCUGGCCAAAGCGUCGACGACCCGGUCAUUCGGCGCCUUCAACAACACAUUGUUACUGUUGGUAUGCAUGUUCCUGGAUCUUUCUCCCAGAAGCUGAAGAUGCGCUCUGAGAUUCGAGGAUUAAUCAUUCGAUACGGAAUGCCCGCCUUUUGGAUUACCAUUAACCCCUCGGACUUACGGAAUCCCCUGGUUCUCACUCUGGCGGGCGUAGAAUUCCCUGGAGAUAUCCCGGCCAGAGCACACGCCGGGAUCCGUGAUACUGUAGCCACAUCCAACCCGGUGGUAGUUGCUGAAUUCUUUCACUGCAUCUGUAAAGCGGUCCUGCGGGGUCUGCUUACCACUGGAACUGGCCAACUCGGAAUUCUUGGAGAUCUUUCAAAUCAUUAUGGUGUGGUGGAAACCAACGGCCGAGGUACACAAGGUUGGUCGAAAACAGAAUUCCAAUCAAGUUCUUUACAGUAA